AUGAACAAUACAAUUACAGAUGAUGAAUGUAUUGAACCAAGUCUAAAUCUUGAUGUUAUUGAUUUUAUUCAGAGUUGGGAAUUAUUAAAGAUGAUGACAACUCCAAAGCAACAAUUAUUUAAUAGAAAGCCUUUUGACAAGCCUUCUAUUCACCAAAUGUCAGCCUUCAAUAAUAUCCAAUGUACUAAAAUCACCUCAACUGUUAUGAAUUCUAUUGAUGCUGAUAUUAAGUGCACUCCAUCACACUCAUCCACAUGCCAUAUUGUAUUACCAUCACCAACUGAGACAUUAUCUCUACUGACACUUAACACCUCACCAUCUCCUCAUCAGCAACCCUUCAAUGCUAAUACUAUUGAAAAUAGCCUGACCAAUACCAUUUCUAAUACUGACAUUGCUGAUAAGGUACUUUUAACCAAUUUAGAAUCAUAUCAAUUUCCCAAGAAUCCUUAUCAUGAACAUUAUGAUCAAUCACCACCACCAUCAAAUGAUAUAUCCAUGAUGCCACUCCAACAACAAACUAAUGUAAACAAUACAUUCAACAAGAAGGAUGAUAAUCGUAUUCUAAAGAGAAAGAGAAAGAUUUCUAAUGUAUCUUCAUUCGAAUCAGAAAAGAGAAAAACCUCAAUUUCAUCCACCACACCACCUACAACAUGUUCAAGUAAUUCAUCCUCAAUUGGUAAUAAUAGUUCAUUAUCAACAAAUGUGCACUCACAACAAUCAUUCAAUAAUUGUAUUAUAAUUUCAAAUCCAAAACAUUUGAAAAGAAGAAGAAAAUAUCAAAAGAGAAAGAAUUCAGCCAAUACAAAUCCUGCUCAAACUCAAAUGGAAUUUCACUUUCCAGUUUGGACUUUUCAUUUAGAAUAA